AGUUCACUGCAUCGCCCAUGUCCCUGGAGAACAUCUGUCCAAACUUGUUUGGACACUUUCUUUAAGGAAGCGGACAAGACUCCAGAAGAACCUGCAGCCGAGACUCCUGAGAAGACUCCAGCCAAGAACCCUUCAAAAAGUCCAACCAAGAGCCCUUCAAAAAGUCCAGCAAAGUCACCUCAAAGACAUCCUUCCAAAUCAGUGACGACCAAACAUUUUGGUGAAACAGCUAUAAAAAGGAGAAGGCUGGAAAGACUCAAGCUGCAGCAGCUAGAGCAAGAAAGAGAAAGGGAAAAAGAGGAGGAGGAAGAGGAGGCUGAAAGAAAAAGACGUGAUGAUGAAAAAAAAGUUGGAGAAAGAAAAAGGAAGGCUAAGCUCAAGAGGAGAGAACAGAGACAGAUAGAUCGGGAUGAAAAACGCCCAAGAAAGCAGCAGAAGGUAACAGCUGAAGAAGAGCAGUGGCCAGAGAAUAUGCCUGAAUGGGAAGAGAGGAAAUAUCUACUAGCUCAGAGAAGAGUGGAGUCUGUAAGGCUGCUUACAGUGCUGUUAAACCGAGUAAAAGAUUUUGCACAGUUGACCAGCCAAAAAGUGGAGCCUUUACUGGACCUUGGAGACUUAAGGAAAGAUCACUUUCCGGAGACAGAGUUACAAACUGCACAGAAGGAGCAGAAAGACUUCCAUUGUUUUGGGGAGCAGAAGCAUGGGGAAAAGUUUAAGUAUCGGUUGUUUCAAACGGAUGGCUCUUCAUUUAGUGAGAGAGAGUGGGAGACUAAGCUACCCGCAUCAUCUUGUCAUAUUGUGAGGACUGUCUUAAAUGAUCCUGCUGUAACCCUGAGCUCUGGUAAAUUAACUAGAACGGACAAGUACAGCUCCUCUGAAAGUGGUUCUUUACAGAUUACAAUUACUCAAGACUGCAAGCUCAUAGAGUCUCUUGAUAGAGAGAACUCACAAACAGCAUGUGAUGCAGGCUGCCGCAAGAAGCAAAAGGUUUAUGAAACUGAUGAAUUCAUACAUUAUUUAUUAAACUACUAUCAAACCCCACGGUAUGCACGUGUCUGCCUACAGCCAAAAACUGCUGUGAGCAAGUCUUGGUGGCAAAGGGUGGUGUCGGAUAAUGGCAACAGCUUUCAGAUCAACUUGAGGAACAAGUAUGGGCAGCACCUCACUGAGAAGAGUUUUGUACAAAAUCUUGAUGAGAGAACUUGCAGCAGGGAUGAUAAUUAUAGAUGGGAGAUCACUAUUCAGAAAUCAGAGCCUACGUCGGGAACAUCCAAACAUAAGACCUGUUUUCAAGGGUUCACAAAUAACUUCCAGAUACAGUGGAAUGACUCGCUCAACACUGGCAACUUCCCACGUGUGGAACUGAACAAUUCCUUUGGAGGCGCCAGCCUUGGUCAUAAUAAAGAAUCCAAACAAGACAGUAACAGCAGGAAAGUUACUCUGCCAUACAAGCCAUCUGGGGCAGCAUACAAAUUAAAUGAAUUAUUGGAAGAGAUUAGUAGUGAUUCUGAAUACUUCAGUAGCUUAGUAAAGAGAACGGAGAGAAAACAUGAAAAGGUUUUCGGUGAUGGUAACAAAUUAUCCUCUCUCAUGGGAAAGGAGGAGAAAAAAAUUAUUGUUUGUGUUAAAAAUGCAGCUCAGAAUGAUGAAGACAGUGAAUCCAAAAAAUGUAGCUUCUGUUCAAAUUCUGUGCCUGAUGGCUUGACAAAGCAGAGUGGACGUAAGCUUAAAAAAUCAUGCAAGAGGUCCAGUAGUAAAUUAAGACAUGAAGGGCAAAGAAGUGAGAGGCGAUCCAGGGAGGAAGAGAGACAUGCUCACAAAAAGAAAAAAAAAAGAAAAAAGCCUCUCACUAACAUUUUAUCUGAUGAACAUGGCUUCUCUGAAACAGAUGGUUGCAGACAAUUGGCAACUCUAAAAAAGACACAGAGGAAAUGUAACAAAAUAGUUCACCACAAAAUGAAACUCAAAACGCUUCACACGGUGACAGCAGUCACAAAAGAUGCCAUCUCUCCUGAUGCCUCUGCCCUUCAGGGAUCUCGCCAAAAGGCAGGAGAGGAGAGGAAAUUAACUUUGAGAGAAGAGAUGGAUCCCAAUUCAGCUGUAAGAGGAUUCCCUGUAUUUCCCGUGGAGAUGAUUGAGACAAAUCCUUGCCUAGACACUGUUUGUGAAGCAGAACCCAGUAGAGGAUGCUGAAUGCCUGUCAAGUAAUGGAAAGCUGGUCUCAAGGCUACUUACGGAAGGAGAAAGUUUCUUUCAUAGCUGUAAGAACUGAACUGUAAGGGUUAGUAAUUGUAAGCAUUCUAGGAUAGCCUGUGUUGCUUAGAGUCUUCCUACAUGCAGAAGUGGUAGGACAAUCAGGCUGGUAUAAAGAGCCACAGAAAAACAGAAUCUUUCUAGAUUUGCUAUCAAUAUUUAAAAGGACCAAAAAGUUACUCAAAGGCAUGGCCAAGUAUUGUCGAUGAGGACCAGUUGCUAAGAGGUUUGAAGCUUAAUAGCUUGAAACCUCCAAAUUGAACUAAGUCAGGGAGUUAUGAAACAUCCAAAUUCUGAUGUCUGUAAUAAGGGCUGAACAGAUUGUGCACGAAAGCUCUUGUAGAGAUGUAAUAAAGCUCGUGCAGUGCUGCCUCAGUCAGAUUGGUGAAGUGGUAGGACUAGAAGAGGUGCCGUGGCAGGAAGUCAGGGAUAUUCAUAUUUUUGGGAAAAAAAGAUGGGUGAAAUCUUGCUCAUUUCCAAAUUUGAGAAACAAGCAGGCUAGUCUAUUUUAACCUUUACUGAGCCCCUGGGCUGGAACAGGUCCUCUGCUUUCUAUUAGAAUUUCAGAAAUUAUUUGGAAAACUAACAGGCUCUUGGGCGGGUCUGUCUCAUUACAGUCCCAAUAGAUUGAAUGUUCCUCGGAUGCUGCGUAAGGAUAUUUUGAAAAUGGCACUGAUGUUGAAAAUAAAAGGGGAUGCUUGACAUUAGGAGAAGUUGCCUUCAAUAUGUGCUGGCAGUUGUUUGCAGCAGAAAUUUGGAUCUUUUAAAGGAACAAGUAGGAACAGGACUGCUUAGUUUGAGGUAGCUGACAGGUAAUUCACAGGAAAGACUUCUAACAUUGCUACAUUUCAUAAAUUUUUUUCAGCAUGGAGUUAUAAAUGUGAAACUGCAGACUAGAAGCUUGAAUUAAUAUCUGUUGUUUGUUCAGUUGUCUCUAUUUAGAAGACAGCCACAGCUGCUCCUGGACAAAGUCCCCUUGGGAGAUGGAACUUAAUUUAGAAAAUAUAUUGACUAUUUAAGUUCUCAUUUUGGAAAAAAAUAUUUAUUACAUGUCAGGAUACUAAAGUAAUAUGAUAUUGCUGCUUUCAUACAUAGCAUAUCAUCCAUGUUGUAACUUCUGCUCUAAUAAAUAUUAAUAAACACUUGCA